GGCAAUCACAGAGCUCACCUUGUUUGCUGUGGUUCUUUCAGGGGUUACUCAUCUCUACUCCCCAGUGUCUAGUGUCUGGGAACAUUGUUUCAUAUAUUUUGACCAGUUUUUUUAUUAGGUUGGUGCAAAAGUAAUUGCAGUUUGAUUUCAAGCUACUGGAUACAUUCAUUUCCUGUUACUCCACCUUGGGCAAGAUGGCUUUUUCAUAUUUUAGCAUUUUUAAAACCAUAUUUAGAUUUAACUACCAAAUUUUUAGAUGGGUGAUCAGGGCAAACCUCUAUGAAGAGCAGGUGGCUUUUAUAAUGAGAAAGGAUGGAAGGAAUAGAGCUAGUCAUGUGAAGAAUUGAAAGAAGAGAGUUCUAGACAGAGGGAACAGUAUGUGUAAAAGCCUCAGGUGAUAAAGAACUGGGUGUCUCUUCAGAACAGAUGGAAGGCUAGUUAGUGUUGCUGUACUGUAUCUAGUCAGGUGAAGAAUGGUGCCUGCUGAGGUUGGAGUGAUCAACAGAGAUUUGGGCUUGACCAUGACCAUUGGUUCAAAGCAUUAAGAAUGGGCAUGGUGAGAGCAGUUAGGAGCCUCCUUCAGGAGUCCAUGUGGGUGAUGAUGGCAACCUCGAACAGAAAGGUCAGAAUGAAUGAACAACUGGAGCUUCACCAGAUACAAGGCUCAUUAGAAAACAUCAGCUCAACAGCUUCCCAGGAGAACAAAAAGAUAGCCAUGGUCGAAGGCCUUCAGGUCACAGUGCCCGACAAGAAGAAGGUGGCCAUGCUCUUCCAGCCCACUGUGCUUCGCUGCCACUUCUCAACAUCCUCCCAUCAGCCUGCAGUCGUGCAGUGGAAGUUCAAAUCCUACUGCCAGGAUCGCAUGGGAGAAUCCUUGGGCAUGUCCUCUACCCGGGUCCAAUCUCUCAGCAAGAGAAACCUGGAAUGGGACCCCUACUUGGAUUGUUUGGACAGCAGGAGGACUGUUCGAGUAGUAGCUUCAAAACAGGGCUCGACUGUCACCCUGGGAGAUUUCUACAGGGGCAGAGAGAUCACGAUUGUUCAUGAUGCAGAUCUUCAAAUUGGAAAGCUUAUGUGGGGAGACAGCGGACUCUAUUACUGUAUUAUCACCACCCCAGAUGACCUGGAGGGGAAAAAUGAGGACUCAGUGGAAUUGCUGGUGUUGGGCAGGACAGGGCUGCUUGCUGAUCUCUUGCCCAGUUUUGCUGUGGAGAUUAUGCCAGAGUGGGUGUUUGUUGGCCUGGUGCUCCUGGGCGUCUUCCUCUUCUUCGUCCUGGUGGGGAUCUGCUGGUGCCAGUGCUGCCCUCACAGCUGCUGCUGCUAUGUCCGCUGCCCAUGCUGCCCAGAUUCCUGCUGCUGCCCUCAAGCCUUGUAUGAAGCAGGGAAAGCAGCAAAGGCCGGGUACCCUCCCUCUGUCUCCGGUGUCCCCGGCCCUUACUCCAUCCCCUCUGUCCCUUUGGGAGGAGCCCCCUCAUCUGGCAUGCUGAUGGACAAGCCGCAUCCACCUCCCUUGGCACCAAGUGACUCCACUGGAGGAAGCCACAGUGUUCGCAAAGGUUACCGGAUCCAGGCUGACAAAGAGAGAGACUCCAUGAAGGUCCUGUACUAUGUUGAGAAGGAGCUGGCUCAGUUUGAUCCAGCCAGAAGGAUGAGAGGCAGAUAUAACAACACCAUCUCAGAACUCAGCUCCCUACAUGAGGAGGACAGCAAUUUCCGCCAGUCUUUCCAUCAGAUGAGAAGCAAGCAGUUCCCUGUGUCUGGGGACUUGGAGAGCAAUCCUGACUAUUGGUCAGGUGUCAUGGGAGGCAGCAGUGGGGCAAGCCACGGGCCCUCAGCCAUGGAGUAUAACAAAGAGGAUCGAGAGAGCUUCAGGCACAGCCAGCCGCGCUCCAAGUCCGAGAUGCUGUCGCGGAAGAACUUCGCCACGGGGGUGCCGGCCGUUUCCAUGGACGAGCUGGCGGCCUUCGCUGACUCCUACGGCCAGCGGCCCCGUCGGGCCGACGGCAACAGCCACGAGGCGCGGGGCGGGAGCCGCUUCGAGCGCUCGGAGUCGCGGGCGCACAGCGGCUUCUACCAGGACGACUCCCUGGAGGAGUACUACGGCCAGCGCAGCCGCAGCCGCGAGCCCCUGACCGAUGCUGACCGCGGCUGGGCCUUCAGCCCAGCGCGCCGCAGACCUGCCGAGGACGCGCACCUGCCGCGGCUGGUGAGCCGCACGCCAGGCACCGCACCCAAAUACGACCACUCGUACCUGGGCAGCGCGCGGGAACGCCAGGCGCGGCCCGAGGGCGCUAGCCGCGGUGGCAGCCUGGAGACGCCAUCCAAGCGGAGCGCGCAGCUCGGCCCGCGCAGUGCCUCCUACUACGCGUGGUCGCCGCCCGGCACCUACAAGGCCGGCUCGUCGCAGGACGACCAGGAGGACGCAUCCGACGACGCGCUGCCGCCCUACAGCGAGCUGGAGCUGACCCGCGGCCCGUCCUACCGCGGCCGCGACCUGCCCUACCACAGCAAUUCGGAGAAGAAGAGGAAAAAGGAGCCCGCCAAGAAAACCAAUGACUUUCCAACCAGGAUGUCCCUUGUGGUCUGAUGUUGUCGACAUUUCUCUGGAUAAUGAGAAAUCAGACAUGGACUACGGGGACAAGACACAAAUCCAAGAACCAGCAGGCCCAGGACCUUCUCUGGCCAUCACCUUGGAAGAUUUGCUGAUCUCUGCUUUGGCAAGGGAUGGCAGGCAGCCUUUAAGGGAGGCUGAUUUCAAACCUCUGUGUCCAUCUAACUAGUUUGAGAAGCUUACCAAGAAAGCAAGAAUGUGUGAGAACAUUCCUACAUACAGAGUUUCUCGACUAUAGCGUUUAUCCUGCCCAACCUCCUCCCUUAACAGAACCAGGACUCCAUUUACAAUUCUGAAAGAGAGUUAGCUCUGGACUGCUAAACUCCAGAGAUUGCCUAUGCCUACAAUAUGCUUUUCUAUACCUCCUGUGCUAUACUUAGAGACAGAAGAAUUUAUUACUACUAUUAGAAGGCCUUCUUCUGACAAGGGAAGAUAGCUUCAAGUCAAAAUAUACCUUUUAUCCCCAUCACUUUCCAGUCACUAGUCAAUGACUGUUGUUACACUAAAAUCAGAAGGCCUUUGGUGAGCUCAGUGACAGUGACCUCUGGGACAAUCACAGAAAUGACUUCAAUUUGCUGUUCUGAAUGACAAUUCUUAAGUGGCUAGGACAAAGCAAAAGCGAGUAUACCUUUUUGAAAAGCUGUCUAAGUGGUAUUUCCUUUUCCAUUCUGAGAACGUAAACUGCUUUUUCCUUUUCUGCUGCACAUGUCAAUAUCUGAGUCUUAGACAUUAAGGGCUCUUCUCUUUCUCCCCUCUCCUGGACUUCCCACAGGUUGGUGCCACACACAGAGCCCUGCCUCCCUCUGCACUCUGAUUAGAUUGUCAUCGGAUGCCUUGUGAUAAAUGCUUAAAAUACACACAUGAAAGAGAAGAGGGAGGAAAGAGGAGAAAGCAGUAAUGCAUAUAGAAAAGAAUGAGAAGGAAUUUAAAAGGGAAAUAACAUCAUCUCAUUAUAUUUUGAAUGUGGACCAUUUCACCCAGAAACUUCACUCAAUCUUUUCUGGUUUUGUGCUUCACUUACUGUUAAUUGUUUCUGCCAUCCCAGUUCUGCCAUUCUAGGACAUGGGGGAUGUGGAACAUACAGCAUUUGGCCUGACUAGACUGCCACUAUGGCUGUUGUCAGGAGAUUAGAGAUACUGCUUUCUCAGCAAGGAGUACUUCCUAUUCCCACCCUUGCCUAAAUGAUAGAUUUUGCCUAAAUCCCAAAGCUAGAUCUCUGGAUUUUAUCAUUUGUGUAGAUAGCAAAAAUGGCCACAAACUCUUUCCUUCUCAUCAAGAGGUGCCAUCUUUUUUCCAACCCCUUGAAUCUGGAGUUGGCUAUGUGAUUUGAUUUAGCCAGUAGCCCAACAAAUGUGACACAAGCAGAGACUUGAAAAGUUCUUGUGCAUGGGGCUUGUCCUCUUUUGCUGCUCUUGGGAACAUUGCAACUACCAUCAGGUGAACAAGCCUGGACUCUCCUGCUGCAUGACAAGAGAAAAGGGCCCAGUUACCCCUGUCACCCUAUCUGACAGCCCAUCAACUUCCAGCUGAUGCAGACAUGAGUGAGUCCAGGUGAUACCAAUAGAAGAACUGCCUAGCUGAACCCAGCCCAAAUUUCAGAUUCCUACUCGAGGCAUGAGAAGUUGAUGCAUUCUUUAUGUUCAUGUCUCUUUAAGAGCAAACCUGACUCAUUCUUGUCUGAAUGUUCAUCUCUGAACCUCUUACUCCAUCCACACUUGUGUUUCUCAUAGCCUCCACUAUUGUUGACAGAUUUUUAUCAAAGCUCUUCACCCUGCACCCUUGUGGGGUACAUGUUUGGGUCAGAUCAGUGGAGGAUAAUGCUUGACUUUGCUAUCCCUUAAUCCAGCAGUGGUUUCUUCCCUGUGUAUGGCUCUGUGGACAGCCUCUGAAGAUCUCUUCUUUACCAUCUUUUUGGUCUUCUCCAGAGCCAACCGACUGGAGCUAGACCCUAUUCUCGGAGUACCAUUCCUCUAGUAUCCAUUUGUACUCCAUGACAUUUCCAAAAAAAGUCCUAUGUUUGCAAUGAAAUAAAAAAGUGGCUGGGUGAGGGUCGGAGGGAUGAGCUGGUAUGUGUCAUUGCUUGGAGAACUGACCUACCAAAGGACUUCCCUGUUGCUUUGGCCAGUCCCAGAGAAAUCAGGAAAACAGUUGAACCCAGUGCUGGCACUUCCAAGGGCUGGAAGACACAAGCCAUAACCCUGGUGCUGAGUUUUAGACUUGCUGGUGUCCCUGGCCUCUGAAAGCCUAGGUCUAGCCUGUCUGUUUGGACCCCAGUUCAGAUGGAAAAGAUGAUAAAAAACAUUUCUUAGUCACCAGCUUUGGAUUUCAACUUGUUCAGGCAGUUUUGGAGAAUAUUGGGUAGCUGUGGUAGCUAUUAUCGCUUUAUACUGAGCACUGUGUCAGGCUUUUCACCACCAAAGAGCCUCAUAGCACCAGCUGCGGAGACCAAAAAUAAUGUUUUUUUAAAGCUACAGAUGUAUGAUUUUGGUGAAGGUUGAGGGUAGCAAUGGGAAAGAAUUAAAGAAUUAUUAAAAUUGGAAACCUGCAAUUCCAAAGACAACAAAACUACAGAUAGACUGAAAAGUACAAAGAAGAUAGCAGGCUACUGAAUUAACCUUGGGAGUUGGGACCAGGUUGUCCUUUGUAGAACUGGAUAAAUCAUUCAGACUUCCAGGCUUUCAGUAGAGAGAAAAAGCAGUUGUUUCUGGGUAUAUGGACAGGAGUUAAGGCUGAGUUGACAAGUCAAAGCUUGUUCUCAGCACCCCUGACUUUCCUCUACGUGUCCUUUUGUUUCUUCUCCCUUGAAUAGUGUGUCCUGCAUAGGAAAUGGUUUUAUUGUUAGCUUCUUUCCUAGGUCUUAAUUGGGGUACAAAGUAAAUCUUGUGUAAGACAUAAUCUCUGUCCACUAGGACCCCGUAAUUUAAUAGGGGAAAUAAGACAUGCUCAAGAAAGGAGAUUUUAUACAUAGAGUAUGAAAUAGUGCUAUGGAUCAAUUGUAAUAAAACCAGAGAUUUAGUUUUUUUAAAAACUUAAAUGAGAAUACUUUGAUAUUAAAGUGUUGUAUGUGUUUGUCCAUCGUCUUAUUUAAACAUAGACUCGGUGAUCUGAAAAGCCAAUACUCAAAAGUCUGAACUGAAAAGAGGUGAAUUAGGAUUGGGAAAGGGUGAGCAGCAGGGGUCCCAGAGGGAUGAUGCAUAAGCUGCUGUGCUUGCCUAUGAGUCACUACUGAGUCAGGAACACGCUGGAGGAGGGAGUGUGGAUGCAGGUGGCAAGGAGGUGUCCCCUGGUAGAUGAGCUGCUUCUCUAGGCCAUGCAUGGAUUCAUUAGGAAGUUGGAGAGUUGAAGACAAUGGCCAUGGACCUGGUGCAUGUCAGCUAUUCCAUUCAAGCACGUUCACAGGGGAGCUCAGCAUGGCUGCUCCUGGGGCUCAGUUCUGCGGCUGUGAGUGCUGCUGCCCAUAUUCACCAACACAGGGCAGGUCUCACGGAGAUGCUAGCCCUCACAUCCCCCUUUUCAUGAUCCUCACUGUGCACUUGACAUAGGAUUAGGCAUACUGGAGAUGGGAAAAGGCUGCCACCCAAACCCAAGGCACCUGACCACAUCUGUAAAUAUUUCUGAAUAGUCCACAAAAUUUCACAUAGGCAGUCUGAUUAGAUCUUGCCUUUGAGAGAAGCUGAAGUCACAGAUACUGUUGUAAUUUACCACCGCCCCCGACCCAAUUUUUUUUUAAUAGGUGAAGAAACCAUCACUGCCAUUAAUGAAGUCACAAACCUAUUAGGUCUUUAGACUCCCAACCUCUGGAUCUUUUCUGCUGAUUAGUGUUUCCCAAAAUUGCCUAACCAUAAGAAUUAACUUGAUAGCUGCUGUUAAAAAGGUAUUGUUGGACCCUGCCUUGGAGAUUGAUUGGGUGGGUCUAGAGCCAGAAUUUAUAUUUUUAAUAUGCAUUCCAGGUGACUCCUGAGAUCAGAUGCAUUUGGAAAUUGUUGCACUAAGUCAUACCUCUGGGUACUCCAAACAGCUAGUCCUGAGGGUUCCUUGGGCCUUAGAAUUUUUUCUUCAAAUGUCCUGGUGAGGUCCCUCUCAAUCCUUUGGGGCUGGCUGUGGUGAGUCACUCAGAAGUCUGGCUGUGACCUGGAUGGGCUCAGCAGAGUAUGCUAGUGGUAGUGGGAAAACAGGCAGAGAGAAAGGAGUGUCAGGAGCACUCCCAGCGAGCCUGUUGUAGAUAUUUCCAUUCCCAGAAUAGUGAUUUAUUGUGACAGUCUCAGAACAGACAACAAGAAUUACAGGUAAUUUUCUCAUUCCCUUGAUAUAUUUUUAGCAAAGCUUAAAUCAUGAAUAGAAGGAAAAGAUGCCUUUGGGGAAAUGGAAAACUCAAUCAUUUUAUAAAGCAUACGAAUUAUAAGGAUGACUGGCCAAUAGCACUUCUGCUUUGGUCUUACCUAAAGUUGGGUGGACAAGAAUAAAAGUCCUCAUUUUAUAUCCUUCCAAAAUCAGAUUUAAAUGCUGCCAGCAUCUUAAUGGAAGUCUGAAAUUGAUUGAUAGGAUGUAGAAAUCCAAAUUCACUAAAAUAGGGGGCCAGCUACUGAAAGUCCUAGAAGGAAAAAGUGCCUCGCUUUUUUCUGCCGUUAUCCUACCCCCUAGUCAUCUGGGAAACUGAUCUAUGAAGCUUGAAGAAGGGGCAUUUAAUAUUAGAGUGGUGCAAGAGCAAUGCUGAGCUGCUUUAAGAAGCAGCCUGAGCUUUAGCACUAUUUGAAGGGGAGAAGGUUAAUACUAAUAAUAUUUGUGUUAUUUUUAUGAUAUAUUACUGUUUACAGAACACUUUCAUUUGAUCCCAGCAUCAACUCCUGUGAUAGAGGCAGGGCAGAUGUUGUGGUCUCGUUACAUAGAAUGUAAAACUGAGGUUGAAAAAUACUAAGUGACUUGUCUGUAGUCAAAUGGUUUUUAAAAUUAUAAAGCCAGGCCUUCUGACUGUCUUGUCUAGUGUCCUUUCCAAUUCCUUAAAUACUCAUGGGACUGGAAUCUGGGUAUUCCAGAUUCCAGUUUCUCUUCACAGUGAGACAUCUGGUGAGAAGAGCCGUAGACUUGAUGCUUGUUCAUAUGUCAUGGAUGUGGUGAAGCUAUGAAGACAGAUACUGUUGCUGCUUCAUCCAACUAAGCACCAUUCAUUUUUCAAAUGCUAAUCUAAAAGGGAGUUGUGGCUUCACUCAAGGAGAGUUUCGUUUUCUUUUUCUUUCUCUUUUUUUUUUUUUUUUUUUUUUUGAGACAGGGUCUUGCUCUGUGGCCCAUGGUGCGGUGCGGUGCAGUGCAGUGGUGCUAUCAGCUCGCUGCAGUCUCAAACUCCUAGCUCAAGCAAUCCUCCUCCCUCAGCCUCCCAAGUAGGUAGGACUACAGAUAAAUGCCACCACGUCCAGCAAAUUUUGUUUUGUUUGUUUGUAGAGAUGGGGUCUUGCUAUAUUUCCCAGGCUUGUCUCAAACUCCUGGCCUCAAGUGAUCCUCCCACCUUGGCUGCCUAAAGUGCUGGUAUUACAGACAUGAGCCACUGAACCCAGCUGAGAGCCUCAUUUUCAUUAGCUGUGCUGUGAGGGGUAAUAUGUGCUUCAGGUUUUCUGGAGAAUCCUUCUUGCAGAGAAGUUUCUGAACGAAACUACAGAUUGAUCUGGAUUCAGAACUCCAGGCAGAAGCUGCUUAACAGCAAAAAUCUGGCAUCUUCACUACAUUUUAAGAUUUUAGGUAGAACUAAGAGGGAUCAGAUAUAGAGAGAUAAGGAAUGUGAGAAGGAAAAAGAUAUAGUAGUUUAGCUAAAUUUUUCUUAGAGUUUCUUGGUGGGGCUGGCCAUGAAGUAACUAGUCUGACUCAUUUCUUCUGGGAAGGCUGAAAGAGACACAAAUAGCUUCUCUUUUACCUUGGCUUUAAGGAAAAGCCAUUUUAUUAACAAAAGUAUUAGACACGACUGCAUAAGAAAUUUGCUUUGUGAGAAAAAAGAACAAGGGAAUAGAAGGGUGAGACAGAGAAGGGUGAGAAUUUGGCUUCGUGAGGGCCACCUUUCAGUUGUUUUUGUGCCUUGUUUUUGACAUCAAAACUGAAAUGUUUGUAUUACUGUUGUCCAUGACUUUUUUUUUUCUAUCAGACAUACAAAUUGAAUUUGAUUGUAAUGUUUUAAAUGUAAUAAAGAAUUCUUACCUACA